CCACCCAGCAUGGCAGAGAAGCCCCAGAUCCAGCUCUUUGUCAAGGCAAGCGAGGAUGGGGAGAGUGUGGGGCACUGCCCCUUCUGCCAGCGGCUCUUUAUGGUGCUGCUGCUCAAAGGGGUGCCCUUCACCCUCACCACUGUGGAUAUGAAGAGGGCACUGGACGUUCUGAAGGACUUUGCUCCGGGUGCCCAGCUGCCUGUUUUGCUCUACAAUGGCGAGCCCAAGACCGACACUGUCACCAUUGAGGACUUCCUGGAGGACAAGCUGAGCCCACCCAUGUUCCCCAGCUUGGUCCCACAGUACAGGGAGUCGAGCCUGGCUGGGAAUGACAUUUUCCACAAGUUUUCCACCUUCAUCAAGAACCCGGUGCCUGCCCAGGAUGAGGCACUGCAGCGGAGCCUGCUACGGGCCCUGCUGAAGCUGGACGAGUACCUGUGUGCCCCGCUGGAGUACGAGCUGGCCCAGGACCCCCACCUCCAGGCCUCCCGGCGCCGCUUCCUUGACGGGGACCAGCUCACCUUAGCCGACUGCAACCUGCUGCCCAAGCUCAACAUCGUCCAGGUCGUGUGCCAGCAUUACCGCCGCUUCGGGAUCCCCAAGGAGCUGCAGGGCGUGUGGCGGUACCUCAACAGUGCCAGUGCCACCAAGGAGUUCAAAUACACCUGCCCCAACAGCGAGGAGAUCAUACAAGCCUAUGGCUCUGUGGUCCGGUCACUGCAGUGAGCCGGGCACGUGCCCUGGUGGGUGUAGGGCCAGGGUUGGGCAACACCCACCCCAGUCCUGCCACCACCACCACCCCAGUUCUGCCUGCACACACUCAGGGAGGCAGAGAGCAUGAGCUGUGCCCCUGGCACCCGAAUCCCCCCCCGCUGGCACCUCUGCCCGAGGUGCUGGCAGCAAUCUGCACCGCACUGAGCCCACAGAUGUCAUCAUCUCUUGUGCCACCCUCCCUGCCUGGCCACAGCCCCCUCAACCUGCCCUGUGGUCCCUCAGGCACCAGGAUGGGUGCAAGGGGCCACAGCCUUGGGCACUGCCUGUACCACAGCUGGGCAAUGCUGAGGGCAAGGGCAAGAGCUGGAGGGGAAAGGCUGUCUAAAGCAGAGGUCACUGCAAAGGG